CUGGAUGGCAUGUUUUCCGUUAAAGAGCGAGUACCCGUGGAGGGAGAUUCAGAGGAGUCAGAAGAGGAUCUCCAAGCAGAGGACCGGCCUACUGUGCUGUGGGAGAGGCGCAUCGAGCAGAGCAUCAUUGUUGACCUCAGUGAAGAUGAAAGUCUCCACCUCAGUGAUCUCGAGAAUUCUUUAGCAUUGAAUUUGUCUCAAGUAGAGUCUGCUACCUCAGAAACCAGCAUUCAUCUUAGUGGCAAGUCUCUGUUGAUUUCUAGGAGCGCAGAGCUGUCAGAGUUAGAUGACACCACAUCAAGGAGCAGCGUUGUCAGCAACAAGAGUGUGAAGGCAUUAGAGAGCAAGACAAAGAGCAGCAACUGCUGUGUUUCUGCCCAAAGACCAAACACCAUGCAGCAUGAGCAGCCAGUAAAGCAAGAUGGUGAGGACUCGGGGCAAAAUACCAGCGACGAGGAUCAGGAGGAUCUUCCUUUUGACGAUGACCUUGGAAGUUCUUACUUCGACCACAUAGCUGGCUCUGAGUUAGACUCCGAAGGAGGAAGUACUGUUCAUGGAAGUUCUGAUCUUCCUCCUCUGACUGAGCUGUUGCAAGAGGAAGUCGACACCAAAAAUGGUGACCAUUUUGAAGCUUCCAGUUCGCCUGAGAGAGCCCCACCACACCCUGGUUCUGCCUUCAUUAACCACUUGUUGCUGCGACACUUCUCCCAGGAGGAGCUGAUGUUUUCCGGUAGGAUGAUUGAGGCUGAGACCCUGCCGGAGGUGUCCCUGCUGGAGAGUGUCGAUGAAACUGUUUUCAGCCUGGCUCCCACGCACAACAGUACAGCAAUACACAAUAACCACACAGAAAGCUCACAUGAAAGGAGUAAUACUGCAUCAAAACAUGUGAACUUAGAUGUUAAGACAGAGAAGAAAAUCGAUUCUUUUUCCUUUGCUGCUGCCAACCACAAUGAAUCCAGCUCUGCGAGUUCAAACCAGAGCAGUGGGGAUAUCACUGCAAAUGCAGCCAAGCAUGAAAAGGUAGAAGAAGAUUAUCAGAGUCAGAGAGUCCCUCUGGUGCGUACCAGAUCCUUUAGUGAGAUGAAGUAUGGCCAAGGCAAAGUUCACUACCCCCUCCCUGACUUCUCCAAGGUUCCACCAAAGGUAAAGAUCCCCAAAGCUCUAAGCGGUCCCAACAGAUCUGUUCCUCCAAGCCCUCGUACCAUGCACAGAGCUCAGUCUUCACCGGAGAUUUUAGAGGUGAUCAGCAGAGUCCUGGAGGAUUCGGUUCCCUCACCAGUGAAGGCCUAUGUCUUCAAGGACAAUGAGAAACAGACUUCCCCGGUACUGGUGCAUCACCUGCAGGUUGAAUAUGAUAAAUUACUAACCAAAUACGCUGAAGCAGAGAACCUAAUAGACCAAAUGAGAAUAGGAACAAAUACUCAACCGUCCUCAGAGAUGCUUUAUUCAGAACCCGGUGUCGAACAUGUUGACUUUGAUGAUAAAGGGAAUUACAUGGAACAUUUGCCAACUCACCUUCCCCUAUCAGAGGACUUAGAUGAGGAAGGCAUUACUCACCAUAAGGAGCAGAUUGCAGUUUCCUCAAACCACCAUGAAGACAUUUCCAGUGAAGGCGAGAGAAUGACUGCUGAGCUCAGAGAAAUCAUAAUCCAGUUUAUGCAGAAGGUGGAGGAAUUUAAAUUUAGUGCUAGCAGCAUGGUUGUAAGCACACCAGAAAAGCAAAUGAUGUUGCGAAGCAUGAUGGAGGCUCAGGACCAGCUGGAAAGGAAAUACAUCGCUAGGAAGGAAGAGCACAGAGCCCUAGAGAUGCAGAACCACAUGGGCCUGUCCAGGAAUACUGGCACCUUUGACCCAAACAGACUAGUGGAAGGAGACAUAUUCAGGAUAGGCAUGCACCUCGAGGACAUAAAGGAGAUGAUUGACAAAAAUGUGUACGAACAGAUUUCUCCACCACAGUCAUCCUCCACUCCCAUGCCCGUAACAUUGUCUCUGCAUGCUAAACUCAAUCCACUCCGCAUGCCCACACUUUCACCCCUACGCCAGGGUGAAAGUUCAGGUUUUUCCUCUUCUAGCUGUGAGAUGACUGCAAACGAAGAGGAAGUGAAACGUGAGAAAGUGGAAAGCAACAGUGGGCUUUAUGUAAUUGGUGAAUUAAACCAAACCAAUGAGCUCCUGACUCUUAACAAUUUAAUGAAAAGCCACCAUUCACGAGACUUACUGGACUCACUGGAAGGACUGGACACCCAGUCAGCUGAGGAUGAAGAGGGCAAUGAAACAGAAAGGAGUUCUGUUUUGUUUGAGGUGACCGAUCACAGCAACAUCUUAGAGUACCUCAGAGGGAAGAGUUCGACCUGUAAACAGACGCAGUCUGCAGGCAACAGUAGUGUGUGCGAUCAAGGGGAUUGUGUGAGUCUGGCAGUGGAGGUCUCCUGUUCCUCUAAUGCACCCGCAGACUCAGAGAACCACAUCAUCCUAGAGCCUUCUUUCAACAGCUCAUAUGAGUCAGAGCUGCAGAGGAUUGUGAGUCCAGAGACAGACAGUGGAUUUGGUAGCUCAUAUUUGAACCAGUCCUCCUCUGGAACAUUUCAUUUUCUCGCAGGAAGUGUUCAAUCACAUAGUGAUGGAGUAAGGAGCUCAGACGGUGAAGGUUCCUGCUCCAACCUGCAGACAGCCAUCCACUCUGUUCCCCUGACUGACCACCGGUGGGCCAGUCCUUACACAUCUGUCCAAUCACAGGACUGCAAAACAGCAGAUGCUGUGGAACUUUGGGUGGAGAGCACCACUAAGAAUCCCCCAGUCAGGUUGAAAGGAAGUGACCAAAAGCAGCCUCCUCAGCUCAAACACCAGGUGCAUGCGCCUGUACUCCGCUCUACCAUGGAUACAGAGGACAGAAGCAGCCCACUGCACUCUUGCUCGUGUAAUAGUGACGCCAUCCAGGCUUUGCAGUCAGAGGUGUCGAGGCUUAAGAGGGACCUGGAGGAGGGCUUAGUCCAACUGCCGCAGUUAGCCCAGAAAAUGGACUACCUUACCUUAAAAUAUGGACGUGAACGUCAAGUGUGCAGGUCUAAAUCCAGACCCUACCGGGCACCAGCUAUCAAUAGUGAGGAGAAGUCAAGCGACAGAGGUGGGAGUAACCUAAAUCCUAGUCAGUUGAGGGUAGAGGACUGGAUCUCUUCAGACAUGGAUCCCAGCAAAAGCAAAGACACAGCCUGCAGUGACACAAGCUGCUCUGAGAUCAUGCAAGAUUCAUCUGUAAGAAACAAGAGAGGAAAAACAAAUGUCUGUUCGGCAGCCAAGCUUGAAGAUAAGACAGCACAGCCCAACAGAGCCAUCAAGAGUGUCAACCACAAGGAUAGGUGGUCUCGUUUCUCGAUUCCAUCUUCCCACAAACCUCUUCUCCAGGCCAGCUAUGGCUCAACCAGCAGCCUGCCAGCCAGCUAUAAAGUGAGGGAGCCACAGCUGCAGUCGCUGUCCCACCACAGAAAACGCUCCACUCAGUCAGACACUGCCCUCCUGCCCAGCAACGUGUACUUCCAGCGCACGCUGUCUCCAGUUUCCUUCUCCCGCAAGACUGCCAGUAAGACCAGUGGACGAAGAGGAGAGAAGAUCCGUGCUGCUUCGCAAGGGGAGGACAUAAACUGGACUUUGGAUCAAGCGAUUGAAGUUGCGCGCACCAUGAAGAGGACCACUGACCGCAUGGCCAGAAGACUGUCUGCAGACCUGGCAAAGGCUCAGCUGAGCAGGAAGCUUCACAACAUGCAGCCACUGGGGGGCAGGAAACACCAGCCUUCAUAACUCCACCACCCGGCAGUCUGAAUGGUACCCGAGCUCCACGAAGCAUACAUCUAAAACAUUAUUUUAUUUGGAAUAUUUACCUUUUUUGUUGAGUUUGUUUUCUUGUUCAAUUUCGACAUCAUUUAUAACAGACAGAAGUUGUUGAAAUAAGGACCAGACUAAAACAACUUCAAAGUUGAGAAAAAGUCUCCCUUGAUUAGUCUCACUGGUGUGUAACAUGGAAACAAAAAAAUCACUUUUUAGUAGAUUAAAAAAAAAAUUUCUACAGAAUGGCGGCAAUGUCAUAAAGUU